AUGAAGGAAUCAUUAAGUAGAGAAGAUCAUAUUGCUCGUGCAAAGCAAUCAAAUUUAGAUUUUUCAAAAAAGCUUAAGUAAGCUGCCUUUGCUCACAUAGACUCUUUCAACUUCAUUUACGAUGAAGGAUUAAAAAAAAUCACUUAGUACUUGUAGCCAGUUGAAAUUAUUAAAGAAUAAAGAUCUGAAGAAUACAAGUAGAGUUACUUGCCCUUUAAAUCUAUGAAGGUUUGGAUUGAAAACCUCGAAAUAGCCACUCCUAUCAGAGCCGAUUCAGGUGUAGCUGAAGACAAUAAAUUAAUGCCCGAAGAAUGUAGAAUAGGAAGAAAGACUUAUGGAGCUCCUCUUUUCGCAAAGGUAGCUCGUAGUAUUGAUGGAGGAAAGCCUGAAAGCAUAAAUAUUAGAUUAGGCGACAUUCCUAUCAUCGUUAGAAGUGAUCAUUGCCAUUUAGCAAAAAUGACUCCUAAGGAAUUAGUGAAAGCUCACGAAGAUUGCAAUGAAUUUGGUGGAUAUUUUAUUGUCAAUGGUAAUGAAAAGAUAGUCAGAAUGCUUAUCCUUCAAAAAAGAAAUUAUCCUAUUGCUUUUAUCAGAGCAGGUUAUGUUAAUAGAGGUCCUAAUUACACACCUUUUGCAGUUUAAAUGAAGUGUGUGAGAGAAGAUUUAUACUCAAAAACAAUUACUCUCCACUAUGUUUCUGAUGGUUCUGUUUUCUUGCGUAUUCUUCACAGAAAGCAAGAAUUCUUGAUUCCAGCUAUCGUUAUCCUUAAAGCUUUAGCUGAUAUUUCUGACCUUCAAAUUUACAAUAAAUUAGUUAAAGGUUAAAGCAGCAAGAGUGCUAUUAGUGAUAGAGUUGAAGUACUUAUUAGGGGUAGUAAAGCAAUGAGUUUAAAUACUAAGGAAGAAUGUUUGGCUCACUUAGGUAAAAAUUUCAGAGUCGUACUCAACAUCACUAACCCAGAAAUUACUGAUAAGCAAGUUGGUGAAAUUUUCAUGAAUGAAAACAUUUGCGUUCACUUAAAUAAUAACAUCGAUAAGCUCAACACUAUUUGUGUUAUGAUUAGCAAAUUAUAUGCCUUAGUCAGUGAUGAAAUUUGUCCUGAUAACUUAGAUUCUUUGCAAAAUUAGGAAGUCCUCUUACCUGGUCAUCUCUAUAUGAUGAUUUUAAGAGAAAAGUUAGAAGAAAUGCUUUUAGGUAUCCGUGCUAAAGUUUUUAAGGAUGGUUCUAGACCCGAAGAAGCUAUUAGAAUUCCUCAUAUCGCUUACUUAAAAAAAGCCAUUGAAUUUUAAGGCUCUAUUGGAAAUAAAAUUGAAUAUUUCCUCUCUACUGGUAAUUUAAAAUCCCAAACUGGUUUAGAUCUCAUGCAAGCUAAAGGUUUCACAAUUAUAGCUGAUAAGUUAAAUAAUAUGCGUUUCUUGAGUCACUUUAGAAGUGUCCAUAGAGGUGCUUAUUUUACAGAAAUGAAAACAACAACAGUUAGAAAAUUAUUACCUGAAAAUUGGGGUUUCAUUUGCCCUGUGCACACUCCUGAUGGUGGUCCUUGCGGUUUGUUAAAUCACAUUUCUUAAUCAUGCAAACCCCUUACCAGACCUGGGUAUGAUGGUAAUAUUCACUUCAAUUUAGUAACUCUCUGCACUGAGAUAGGUAUGAAUCCUAUUGUAAACGAUUUGUCUAUCGUAUUCCCUCCUACUUCUGUUACUAUUAUGCUUGAUGGUAGAGUUAUUGGUUAUAUUGAAUCUAAAAAUGCAUAAACAUUCUGCCAAUCAUUAAAAUAUUUAAAAAUUAUGCAAGAUCCUACUCGUUUAAUCCCUGCUGAUUUGGAAAUCGGUUAUGUUCCUAAACUUAAUCUUGAAAAACAAAAUAUUUUCCCAGGUAUCUUUUUACACACUAAUGAAGCUCGUUUUGUUCGUCCUGUUAAGCACUUGAAAUUAAAUGCCUUAGAAUGGAUUACUCCUUUCGAAUAAGUCCAUCUUUCUAUUGCUUGCAUUGAAGAAGAUAUUAGAAACGAUACUGAAUACUAAGAACUCUCACCUUCAUACAUUCUUUCAAUUUUACCUUCUUAAAUUCCUUUCCUCAAUUAUAACUAAUCCCCUAGAAAUAUGUAUCAGUGCUAGAUGGCUAAGCAAACUAUGGGUACUUCUAUGCACAAUUUCCCUUAUCGCUUUGAUAACAGAAUAUAUAGAUUAUUAAAUGGUUAAAUUCCUAUGGUUAAAGGUAUGGAUCCUGAAAGUUAUGGUCUUUCUGAUUAUCCUUCUGGAACAAAUGCUAUCGUUGCAGUUAUCAGUUAUACUGGUUAUGAUAUGGAAGACGCUAUGAUUCUGAAUAAAUCAUCAUACGAAAGAGGAUUCGGACAUGGUUGUGUCUAUAAAAACUACUCAUACGAUGUUGCUGAAUUAAAUAAAGAAAAAAAUUCUAAAUUUAAGAUGUUGAAUGAAGUUAAAAAUAUUGACAAGAGUUAAAUCGCUGAAGGUUUAGAAGGUGAUGGUAUUCCAGCUAUUGGAUCAGUAAUUAAAAAAGGCACUGCUGUCUUCUAAAUAUAUGAUACUUAAAAAAAUGCUAUGAAAACUUUCUACCACAAGGACUCAGAAUUAGGUAGAUUAGAUGGUAUAGCUUUAGUCCAUGAUGAAAAAACUAAAGAACCAAGAGUUGAAUAUAGAAUUAGAAUUCCCAGAAAUCCUAUUAUUGGUGAUAAAUUCUCAUCUCGUCACGGUCAAAAAGGUGUUCUUUCUGUCCUUUGGCCUCAUAUCGAUAUGCCCUUCACUGAAAGUGGUAUUACUCCUGAUGUUAUCAUUAACCCUCACGCUUUCCCCUCCAGAAUGACAAUUGGUAUGUUAAUCGAAAGUAUGGCAGGUAAAUCUGGAGCUCUUAAUGGAAAUAUAUUAGAAACUUAACCUUUCUAAAAUUAUUAAGAUGAUGAUAUUGUUAAUUAUUUCGGUAAAUAACUUUAAUCUCAUGGUUAUAAUUAUUACGGUAACGAAGUUAUGUAUAGCGGUACAUAUGGUUGCAUGAUGAAAGUUGAUAUCUAUAUGGGUAUUGUAUACUAUCAAAGAUUACGUCACAUGGUUUCAGAUAAAGCUUAAGCAAGAUCUACUGGUCCCGUUGAUAUGCUUACUUAACAACCUAUUAAAGGUAGAAAGAGAGGUGGUGGUAUUAGAAUGGGUGAAAUGGAAAGAGAUGCUCUUCUUUCUCACGGUAUCUCCUUCUGUAUGCAUGAUAGAUUCUUAAACUGCUCAGAUUAUUCUGAAGGUUAUGUUUGUAAUAGUUGUGGUUCAUUGGUCUCAACAUACCUACAUACUAAUUUAAUGAGUGGUGAGGCUAUUGAUAGUUUCUAUAAUUACAAUAAGGGUGUUUAAAAGUCAAAACCUAAAUGCAGAAAGUGCCAAAAUGCUGAGUGUUCUAAAGUAGUAAUUCCUUUUGUAUUAAGAUACUUGACUAACGAGCUUGCUGCUAUGAAUAUCAAGCUUGCCUUUAAGCUUGAAUGA